GUAAAAUAGGUUAGUGUUUUAAAUGCGCGCGUAAACAUUGCUGCAGCUGACGGUGACAAUUCAAUAAUUGUUUUAUUCAGUGCUGUUUCCCAGAAACAGGAGUAAGAUAAAUUCCAAGCGAAAUGUCAAGCCAAAUGGAUAAAAUGGAGAUGGAUACUUCGGAAACAGAUGCAGCGUCGAAUUCUUUCGUAUUCUCGAAACCGAAUAUAUUUGAUCUUUCAAGAGUUAUUAAUUUCGGUGUAGGUUCAGAUCAUGUGUUUGACACUCAAGUCAGUAAAAAGAAUAUAUUUACAUUCGCUUUACCAACAAUAGUGUCACAAUGCAAUCAGAGUCGCAUAGGUAGUUCACAUGAUAAAGAUCGAGGUGAGCGCUUUGGAUUAGAGCAGUGGACUAAUCUAAAUAAAUCUAACAAAUAUAAGCCAAGAAUUUCUAGAAACACGUACAAGCCUACGAUCAACGUAUUUGCUAAUGCUCUUAAAGACACGGGAGCAUUUGAACAGUUGAAAAAGAAUUCCAGAUCACGUAUCACUAAAGUCAACAUUGACAACUCGAUAACAUGCUCUAACGUGCCGAAAGCCUUGCUGACUAAAACAGCAGCAAAAGAAUACUUUAUCAAGUACGGAAAAAUCAUAAAGAUAACUAUUCGUCCGAAAAAAUAUGUAAUCACAGUAAUUUACGCGACCAAGAUAGAGGCGAGUGCUGCAUAUUACGGCAGUGGUGAUUAUAAAGGUGAAAAGUUUGAUAUAGAAUGGACAAAGCUGGAAUCAACGGCGAAAAGAAUGAUUAAGAAGAAGGAAUUGCAGCACAAUAUAGUGGCAAAUCUACUUAAAGCAUCCGACGAUGAGAUUAAAUCAGAAUUGGAAGCCAUGGCGAACAUAGAAUAUAAUUUGCAUCCUAUCAAAGGAAACGAGGUGUCUGAUGUAAACAUGUUGUUUCCGAUAAAAGGUAAAGCACUGAGUGGUAAAACAUUGUCGCAUGAGAAAGCUAUGGGAAAAUUGGAAAAAGUUGCAAUGAAAAUCGAGAAGCACGACACCGAGAGUCAGACAGUUAAAUCUUUGCCCAGUAAAUCCAUAGAAGAACUGCAAAAUAUAAUACAUCAAGUUGCUCUUACGGCCGAAGAUAAGUACAAAGUGUUGGAAGCUAGAGACCGUCUUAUGAGACUGAAGCGAGCCAAACCAGCUUCGCUCGCGACGGUAACCAGCGGCACUUGCCCUGAUAUGUGCCCUGAGAAGGAACGUCUGAUGCGCGAGUCUCAGAGGCAAGUUGCGUCGUACGAACAGCUGGAAGGUAACGAGUACAGAAUAAAUCAUGCGAUUGCUAUAAAGCAAUAUUCAAGAUCUUCCGCGGAUCAGGAGGAGCCAAUGCCUCAUGAGUUAAGGCCGGUGAAAUCUUUGAAAAUGACCAUGAGCUACUUGCUUCACGAGUUGAUGGAUCUCUGUGAGCAGGAAGGUACAAAUCUAGCCGAGUGGUAUCACUUUCUUUGGGAUAGGACGAGAGGUAUUAGAAAAGAUAUUACGCAGCAGGAACUGUGCUGCAAGGAAAGCGUCGAAUUGAUCGAGCAAUGUGCUAGGUUUCACAUAGUAUGCUCCGAAAGACUCUGUGCGGAGGAUGCAUCUGUCUUCGACAAGAAGAUUAAUUCGGAGAACUUGACCAAGUGUUUGCAAACUUUGAAGUACAUGUACCACGAUUUGAGAGUAAAGGGUAUCACCUGCGGAAACGAGCCUGAAUUCAGGGCGUAUAUUGUACUGCUAAAUUUGAACAACGGUAAUUUCCUGUACGACUUGCAGCAGCUGCCAGUCUCCGUGCAAAAUUCACCGCAAGUCCAAUUUGCGAUCAAAGUAUACUUUUCGUUGGACUCGAACAAUUACUACAAAUUUUUUAAACUCGUUCGAGAGACGACUUACUUGAACGCCUGCAUCCUGUUAAGAUAUUUCAAUCAAAUCAGAUUAAGAGCUCUUUCGAUAAUGGUGAAGGCAUAUUGUAGAACUACUUCAACUGCUUUUCCGUUAUAUGAAUUAAUAGAUAUCCUUGGCUUUGAGGAUGAGAACGAGGCUAUAUAUUUCUGCGAACAAGCAGGAUUGAAUCUGUCAAACGACGAGAUGUACAUUCUCCUGAAUCGUCAGAGUUUUAAUAUGCCCACAGCGAGUAUUCAGCAAGGUAGGGCUUGCAAUUUAAUAGAAUCCAAGAGAAUCACCUUAAAUUUUAGUAUUGGGCAAUGCAUCGCUGGUAAAAAAAUGCCAGAGAAGACUUACAAGAAUCAUAAGCCACAUAAUAGUUUUGACGUGCACGGUUAUUUAAUGCCUGAAUCGAUCAACGCCGCGGACCAAACUGCUGAUAGUUCCUCUGCGGAACGGCACGAUCCAUAUGAAUUCGUAGAAAAGGAGGAUAGCAAAACAAAGAGGAUAGCAAAGGUGACAUCAAUCCGGAAUAAAGAUCAGAGAGCCGUAAAGGAUUUUCGAUCUGUGCAAACUCGAAAGCCAACAAAUGCGAACAACGAAGCGAGCGCGUUUAAACACGCAUCAGUUCCCGAAUCGGUUCUCAACUCAGACGUUUUUGAAACGGUAACAUCGUGUGUACCGGAUGUAUUCGAACACAAGCCAAAAGAAUCGAAUGUAUUUAUUGAGAACAAAGCUCAAAUUGGUGCAUCGAUUAAAGUAGCUUCUGAAAAAUAUUCUGACAGCAGAAGUGCGACUAGUACACGUCGCGAAGACACUAAUGAUAAACAACAGCCAGCGAUGCUUGGUAGCAGCAAUAUUAUCGGUAAUAAUUUAUUUGUAGGCAAUCCUUCCGUGUUCUCUACACCAGAAACAUCACAUAAUGCAGAACCAGUCCCGCCGUUUGCCAUGGCUGUAAAUAAGAGUAUCUUCUCCGGGGUAGACUCGGGAAAUUUAUUCAGGAACGUUAGUCCUUCCUCCACGAUAUUCGUUAAUAAACAUUUUCCCAUACCGGUUUCUGUUCAACAGUCAGUAUUCGCAGAUGUUGCGAGUAAGACGAAGAAGGAACAAAGUGUCUUCCAUAAAAAGGAACAGAAGAUCCAGGAAGAAGUGAUAUCGGAGGCUGAGAAAGCGAAGCUAGAGAAGGCUAGAGAACAUGCGAGGAGAAUGCAACGAAUUGAGGAGCAAUCGGAAGAUAUUUAUAAUAGCUUGCACGCAGAAGUCAUGAACGAGUUUUGCUGCACCAUCGCGAAACAGGAUAUCGACAGGAUAGAAAUGUAUAACACAUUGAGCAAGAGAAUUCUUUCAGACAUGAUCGGCGAAGUUACUCAUGAGAUUUGCGAUACAAUACUGACCGCGGAAAUUGAGCAGCAAAAAAAAUUACAGGCGAUGUUACUGCGAAUUAAGAAUCGAGUGAUCGUCAAAUGCGUAAAUAUUUGGAAACAGUACGUAUUGAGAAAGAAGCGGCAAAGAGCGGCGUUGGAAGACACGCCGGUUUGGUUGCAGAGGCAUUCCGUGGAGGAAACCGCGCGGAUGCUGUAUACCAAAGAGCAGGAAGUGGUGAUGCAGAAUAUGUGUAAACGACGAGGCGAACCAGAGGAUGUAGCAGCCAGCGCGACAGAGACUCUUGCGCCUAUCGAAAUUAUCGUGUAUGCCGGCAUCAAGGAGAACAUACGAUCGUUGGACCUCGAAUCCUUGCCUAACGUAUAUUGGAAACUCGUCAUCUCUUGGCCGGAUUUGGCUAACAAAGCGGUCUUGUGGUAUCACAAGAAAGUGAUGAAUGAAUACUUGAAUCCUGACAAUUUUACGAUGGAUCCUAUCGUGAAAAUUUACCGGCCAAAUCCCUAUGAAACCUUGCACGUCUGUAUAAGGCAUUUCGAGGGUUUGAUCAGCGAACAUCACUUGAUCGGUGCCGACGCACUUCUAUUCAUCGCUGAUGCCUCGGAGAAUUACAAAUCUGUAGCGAAACGUUUAACGAGGACCGUAUUGUCGCGGCACAAGCUAAUGCCUAUGCCGCUCGCCUUUAUUGUCUUAGGUAACGGAGACUUGGAGAAUCAGAAUGAUAAUAUCGUCUCAGAUUUGGAAUCCUUCCUGGAAUCUGGCUAUGUAUCGGAAUAUACAAUCAUGUACGAGGAGAAUCUGUCUGCAAAAAUUAUCUUAAAUUUGACGCAAAGCGCAGUUUUAUGGUUGACGAUGAACAAGUCACCAUCGAAUCCGCUGGAAAUGGAUUAUCUGUUUAAUGUAUACGACAUAUGUUUAUCCGAAGAGUUAUGGUUGAGGAUACUGGGUGAUUCUAUGUAUAAUAAACAGUUGUCAGACGCAUUAAAAGAUCCAAACUUUGUAAUUGAUUUGCACAAUGAGGCUGUAAAUCACUUGAUAGACAUAAUCUUAGAUCCAGAAUCUACGUUAUAUACAAAUUUCGCGCCCGAGUUGAAAAAAUUCCUCAAAAACAGUGGCACCAUGCCAUGCAGUUAUGAAUAUUUUAACGAAUCAUGGAAACGAGAUGAAUACAGAGCAAAAUUAGAAACCACGAUGAACAGUUUUGUGCUACCGCCGUGGAAUGCACCGUGGCCAAUAACAGACAUACAAGAUUUACGACGACAUAUUAUGAAUUAUUGCAGGGAGGUAUUGUCCGAUUCGAACUGUAAUAUCAUUUUUUGCGAUAUAUUGAGCAACUUAUUUCUCACCUCGGGCAGUUUACAAGUAUCAAAUUUCGUACACAUACUACUAUAUAUAAUCAAAGAGAAGAUACGUCUUCUGGACGAAGAUCAAACGGUCAUUUACAACAGAAAUCACAUCAAGCAUUUCCAGACAUUACCAUGGUGGUUCAAAUCCAACGUAUUGACAGAAUUCAUGUUGCACGAAUCAAGCUCGGAUAAUAAUAUCAUGUUAAAUGAACCAAUGAGAAAGCGAAAGAAACUCGAUAAAUUCGAAAACAAUUUGGAUGACAGCGCAUUAGAUGAGGAAUUUAGUUUACUAGCGGAGUUUUGCGAGAGCACUAAGACUCGUGUUAUGGAGGUGCAUUCUGUGUCUAUAGAGGUAGAGAACCGUUUGCAAGCGCAACAAUUAGAGAACGCAUUAUUGGAAGACAGGCUAAAGAACGCUUUACUUGAGAUGGACUCAGCAGAGGAUGGCAUAUAAGUUUUCCCUGUUUAACCGUAUGACAUAUUUUUUAAUAUUUUUUGUCAUUUUAUAUUAUACACGUUAUGUACAACAUGCAUUAUAUCUAUAUAUUGACAUGCGAUGAUUUACUUUUGAAACAAUAUUUUCCAGUCAAAUAUAUCUCUACAUGUAUAACAUUUGAAAUAUAUUUAUACAUAACUGAAAGGAA